CGGCGCGGCUGUCAGUCACGUGGUGGCGGCGGCCGGGAGCGGCGGCGGGGGCCGAGCCAUGUUCAACCUGGAGGAGUUCCCAGAGGAGCCCUGGGGGGGCUCCCCCCCCCCCAGCCAGCCCGGGACCCCCCCCGCAGAUUCCCGCUUGGGGUCCCCCCCAGAGUCGGGGGGCAGUGGGGGGGGCUCUGUGCCCGGUGCCCCCCCCGGUUUGCGGGGUCGCUCCCGCUCGGCCCCCCCCGCGCUUUGGGCCGCUCGACGCUACGGGAGACACCUGCGGCGCCUGAGCGACGAGUUCCAGCGCGAGGUGCUGCCGCGCCCCAAGAGCCUCGGGGGGGCCCCGCGGGGGGGGGGCUGGCGCGAGACCCUGCGCGCGUGGUGGGGGGCGAGGCCCCCCCGUCCCAGCCCCCCCGCGGCCCCCCCGUGAAAACACCCCCGGAAUGCACCCCAA